UCACAAUUCACCUGUUGAGAGAAGGACAAAUGCUAAGAACACUGAUCUACCAACAUGCUCGGGAAACUGAAGAGAAAUGCCACCGCAGGAGGAGGUUUUAUAGUUCUUUGCAUUUUACUUUAUCUCUACUUGUCUGAAAACUGCACCAUCUCCACACCCAUUUUCCUCCAACCCAACGUCAAAGAGCAAAGCAGUCAUGCGGAGCUGUACGCCAGCCAAGCAAAGGUGUCCAGAAGGAGCGCCACUUAUAAAUACUCCUGGCCCAAAUGUGAAAGAAACAUUUCAAUGUCCAAUGUCACGGAUUUCGGCUCUCUACCUAGAAAUAUACAAGACUUUCUUUACCACCGCCACUGUCUACACUUCCCUAUGCUCCUGGACAACCCUGACAAAUGUGGGGGACCUGAAGGGUCUGCAGAAGUCUUUCUCCUGCUGGUCAUCAAAAGCGCUCCACCGAACCACGACCGCAGGGAGAUGCUGCGCAAGACCUGGGCCAAGGACAGGCUGUACAACGGGGUGUGGAUCCGGAGGAUCUUCAUCUCGGGCACGAUGGGUUCGGGUCCUGAGAAGAGGAGAUUGAACAAACUCCUUGAGCUGGAGCAGCAGAAGUACGGGGAUAUUCUCCAGUGGGACUUCAGCGACACCUUCUACAACCUCACCUUGAAACAAGUACUCUUUCUGGAGUGGACGGAGAGAAACUGUCCCGGUGUGCGCUUCAUGCUGAACGGAGACGACGACGUCUUUGCCCACACAGAGAACAUGGUCCUGUAUCUCCAAAGCCUCGAGGACAAUGACGGGAGCAAGCACCUCUUCACGGGCCAUCUGAUCCAGCACUUUGGACCCAUCCGCGAUCGAGGGAGUAAAUACUUCGUUCCGGUGCAGGUGCACGAGUCGGAGUCGUACCCUCCCUACUGUGGCGGCGGCGGGUACAUUUUGUCCGGCUACACCGCCAUGGUCAUCUACAACAUGUCUCAGUCCAUCACACUGAUUCCCAUCGAUGAUGUCUACUUUGGGAUGUGCAUGGCAAAGGCGGGACUCGGCCCCGAAUCACACCCCGCGGUAAAAACUUUCGGAUUUCACAUUCCCAAAGUUGAAGAUUACGACCCUUGCUAUUAUAAAGAAAUGCUCCUCGUACACAGAGUGCUCUCAGAAAACAUGUAUCUCCUGUGGGAAAGAAUUCACGAGCCGAACCUGAAGUGCUUCGGCAGCUCGUAGAGGACAUGCGGCAACAAGGUCCGUUGCUGCCUGUAAAUCACUACAGCUGACUGCAAAUCCUUCCAACAACAACACAUUUCUUCUUUUACUGUAUCUUUUCACUGUUAAGGUGGUCCUUUGGUACUUGUGACUAAAUAUAGAUCAAGUAAAUGCGCAAUUUGUUUAUAUUGUAUAAUUAUGGUUAAUUGUUAUAAUAUAUAUAUAUAUAUAUAUAUAU